ACUGAAGCUAUAAGGGGAUACUUGAGAUGGCACCCCAUGGCAGAGCUAAUGAGUUGCUUCCCUUUUUCUUCCUUUGGCCAGUUGCAUGCUGGGGUUAGCGUUGGCCAGGCCACCACUGUGGAGAUCUUUCUGACGCUCCAGUUUGUGUUCUGCAUCUUUGCUACAUACGGUGAGAGGCGGAAUGGCCGCCUGGGCUCUGUGGCCCUAGCUGUUGGCUUCUCCCUCACCCUGGGGCACCUCUUUGGAAUAUAUUAUACUGGUGCAGGGAUGAAUCCUGCCCGCUCCUUUGCUCCCGCCAUUCUCACCCGGAACUUUACCAACCACUGGGUGUACUGGGUGGACCCAAUCAUCGGAGGGGGCCUGGGCCGUCUUCUCUAUGACUUUCUCGCUUUCCCCCGGCUCAAGAGUGUUUCUGAGAGACUGUCUAUCCUCAAGGGAGCCAGACCCAGUGACUCCAGUGGACAGCCAGAGGGUACAGGGGAACCCGUUGAAUUGAAGACCCAGGCCCUGUAAAAGCUUCUGUUGGA